GCACCGGCAACCUGGACUUGUACAUGACGCCCGUCAUCCCUGACAGCGACGUCCAGGCACUGCUUGGAAACAGUUCCCUGAAGACGCUUGACGCCAUCAUGGAGAGCUACAACCUGAAGGCCAGUAGGAGCGGGCAUUGGCUACUCCCGUGCUCGAAGUUCAAGGAGGCUGCCGCGACGAAGGCGACGGGAUACAUGAUCGACAA